AAGGAUCAGAUCAGUGAUGGAGGCUCUCUAUCUGUUGUGCUCGAUCGUCUCUACGUGCUUCACAUCGCUCGCUCUCUCCCUCCUCCUGCCCGUCCACGCCCUCCUCAGGUGGCUGUACGGCUCACGUGCCGGCGCGGCGGCGUGCGAGUCGGCCGCUCUCUACGAGGGCACCGUCUGGCACGAGCGCCGCCGCCCCGUCCGACACUCGUUCCAGUACGCCGUGAGAUACGCGCUCAUCGACCUCGACCGCGCGCCCCACGCGCCGCCUGGCCACCUAUCCGCAGACGAAGCUCGACAUUUCGCUGAUACAAAUGGACCCAUAUUUCUCUUAACAAUUCCUCCUAGUGUGGGCUACGAACAGAACCCAUUGAGCUUGUACUAUUGCUAUGAUAUAAAAGGUGCCACUCAACAUUUGCAGAAGUGCAUUGCCGAGGUAACUAAUACACCAUGGGGUGAGAGGGUCUUGUUUGUUUUCAGUCCAAAUUCUGAUUUGGUUGCGAAGCCUCUGCAUGUCAGUCCAUUCAUGGACAUGCUUGGGAAUUGGAGUAUAAAAGCAAAUGCUCCCGAAGACAAUCUAUUUGUGGCCAUUUCAGUUCAGCAUCCCAAGCUGGGUAACUACUUCACAGCUACCCUGAAAGCCAAAAGAGUUUCCUCAUCAACCCUGUCGAAUCACGCAACGUUCUUCUGGUUGAUGCCUCAUAAGGUGGCAAUAUGGAUAUACUGGCAUGCUUUUAAGCUCUGGUGGAAAAAUGUGUCGUUCAUCCAGCACCCCCGCAAUACAAACCCCAGGUACAGAGAGGAAGCAGCAGAACGCGAUCGAGGUCUUCGAUGUUGUGAAGCAUUUCAUCUGGAUGGAAUGAAAGAUUCAGCACCUAACCGAACUGUUUCGGAUUCUUCAUCUGGCAAAAGUCACAUUGACCGGUGUUUUGUUUGGAGGGACGCAAAAUGGCCCUGGUCUUGAUCCUGAUUCUUGAAUGGAAGCCAGCCACUACAUUGACCGCCUCUUAUUUCUGCAAUAGACAUGCAAAUUGAAAGAUGGAGCUCUUAUUCCUUUUUGACAUGAUGGAUCUAUUUUUGUAUAUGAUGGAAAUUGCGACAUUGAUGUUUUUAGA